GGUUGGAGAGGGGAACGAAGCAUUCUUAAUUCUUUGUAAGGGUGUGGAAACCUCUCUCUCUAACAAACAUCGCUUUAAAAGGUUGACGACAAUGCGUUAUAGGCAAAAGCGGACAAUAUUUGUUAGCGGACUGUUACAAAAAGUUUAGUGGGCAACUAUGAUUUUACUUUCCAUUCCUUUAUCUAAAAAAUGCAAAUUAUUAGUUUCCAUUUACAGAUGGCUUGAGAAGCAUCCAGCCUCUGGUCCAACAUGGCCGGUGGGUUCAUUACAACUUUCUGGAUUCCUUUUCAGUUCAUCAUUUCUUUUCCUUUUUGACAUUUCCCCCCCUUUUUACAAGGUGGAAUCUAUGGCGAGUGCUUUGAAAACAAUAUCCCUUUUGAUCAUUAACAAUGUUAGAAUUGUCAACAUCUGACCUCAAUAAUAAUGAAACAAGUUUUCUGCUCCAAUAAUUAAGCAAGAGAGUGUUAAAGCUUUUGUUCAUAAAACUGUUCUUGUUUCCUACUUGUCUUUUGUUGCCAAAAUAUAUAGCAGAUUUUCAGUUUUAGGCAGGUAUUGAAUGAAUUUACCCAUGGAUCAAGAGAAAAGGUAAGCAAGACCGAGUUCAAAGAAGUUCUCUCUGAUUUUCUGCUAGGCAUGGCUGCCGGGUUGAAGCGAGAUCCUAUCGUUAUACUUCGGAUUGAUGGAGAAGACCUUCUUGAAUUCAUCAAUGGCCCUGCUUACGAGCCUGAGAUGGUCGCCACUUUUUCACAGAUCGAGCUACCUGAAGGAUCUCUUCGUGAUUACAUUGUUAAAGCUUUUGAAUAUCUUACUGUGGAACAAGGGAUGCCUCCUCUUUCAGACCCCUGGGUUAUGAGCGAUAUUGUCGAACCAUCUCUGGAAUUCUGUUCUGCAGCUGAGAAUUGGGACAAGCCUGUCUCGCCCGAGACGUUGUUGGAAUUCAAGAGAGCGGCGGAGCACGUGGCACAACGCCUUAAAGAACAGCCUGUUAUCGUUGCUCACAGUGAAAACACCUUUGAUGGAAGCAGCAUAAGAAGAUUGAUAUCCAACAAAUUCGAACUUGACAAGUCACUUAACACGGCACUUCAGAGUGUCCCAAAAGAUAAAACUGGGAAAUUGCCAAAGGAACAUCUGCAGUUGGCGCUGGAUUUGGUUGCUCCAUUAGCCGGUCUACCACCGCUCGGUGCCCUCGACGAGAUGGACAAGCUGCUUGUUGGUGUAUUCAAGAUGGUAGACCCGGACGACAGGAAGGCGGUUAAAGAAGACGAGUUCAAGAAACUAUUAACUGAGAUUCUGGGGGCAGUCAUGUUGCAGUUGGAAGGUAAUCCAAUCUCAGUUUCUUCUAGUUCUGUUGUGCAUGAGCCUCUAGCCUGUUCAUCUUCACUUUUGACACCAUCCUCUUAGUAAACAUAUCAAGCAGAGCUGUUCUAGGGUAAAAAAUGAUAUACUCCUUUGAAUCAAUGUAUGCACCAGAUUUGUUGUAUUAUAUUAGAAAAGAUACUUUAUACGUGCGUGAGCAUUUAUUCCAGUUAAAAUAUCAUCACUA